AUGAGCGCUUUAAGAUAUAAAAUAAAGAACUGUGUACAGUAUUACCCAGUGAGAAGUAAAUUAUGGAAAGGUUCCAAAUUUAAUUUUCUAUUUUUUUAUUUUAUUAAUUUUGAUAUUUCAGAAAUACAAUACAACCGAAUGAAGCUUGGUGAAUGGCCACCUCCCAAUUCAUCACCUUUACACCCAAUUGAGCCUUGGGGCAAACAGUUGUUUGUUUUCAAUACUACUUUGAAUGGAAAUAACGAGGCUCUUUUGUGUAUAACUGACUCGACUCGUAAACCCCUUAUUUACUUCUAUAGGGAGGACUUUCAAGCUCUAAAACUGUACAUUGAGAAGAUUAAGGAAGAGUUGGAACGACUCGAAUCAGCUGCCAAAGUAGUUUAA